GUCGCGGGGCGUUUACUAUCCGAGAGAGCUCCUCAAGACUACGUGCACAAAAUCAGAAGUCGUCUCCGCUAGGAAAGACGAUGCGCGCCGGUUUACAAGCCGCGCGCCGCGUGUAGUUAUUUAUGUAGAAUCAGCGCAGGUUCGUGUUGCGCCUUCGCGACACACGAGACCGCACAGAAGGCGCCUCUGCGUCUACGACGCCCUCAGCACCCGCGUCGACACCCCCUGACUCUGCAGGAUAUGGCCGCGGUUUCCGAGAAGAUACUGGCGCCCCGGCGCUCGGUAACCGCCCCGGCGGAGCUGCUGAGCAAAGUAGCGAGUCUCGAGGGCGGGAGCCGGCCCGGCAACCGCUCCUCGCUGUUCGCGCUGCAGCGGGCCAAGACCCGCGACUUGGCCGCGGCGCUCGCGGAGGCCGACGACCAGUCGCCCGAGGAGAUGCACGAGAACCAUAACACCUACCCCAUCGCCCUCGUCGUGUUCACCAUUGUGAUCGGAGUCGUUUGCGGCGCGGCCACCGCCUUCUUCCACACCAUCAUUGCGCUCAGCGGCUGUGCCUUGAGCAUCAACGGGUGCAGCAGCUACUCCAAAUUCGCGGGCAUCGAUGGGUACUUGCUUCGGGAAACCGACCUUAGCAUCUACGUCUGGUCCAUAAUUUGCUGCACGUCCGCCGGGCUCAUCGUCGGCGUGUUCUACGCUAUGGUGCCGAAAAAAAUUCUGGCGCACAUCAAAGGCGGCGGGACCACCGAGGCGCUCAUCGCCACCGCGCGAGGCGACGUCAUCCCGGUGUUCCCCCAGGUAAGGGCAAGGUCUUCGUAUCUUCUGAUGUGCAAUCUACGUCGGGACACCACCCGGGAUGCUAUUAACUGUCUUGGUGAUCGUCUGCAGAUGCAGUUUUGCAAACUUAACAAAACCAAAACAGGGCCUGUGCCGAAUGGUCAUUACCGCGCUUUAUUUGGGAGCGGGACACUCGCUUGGAGGAGAGGGCCCGACGAUCCACCUCUGCACGUCGAUUUCGACCACCGUCGGCCAAAUUUGCGGUACAGCCUCUUUCAGGCAAAAAAGUAUGUGAAUUUGAUGGAUUCGUCGAAGCAGCUACCGUCAAGCGAUGACGGAGUCACCAACAUUUCUCAAACUAAAACAGGCCUGCGCACGCCAAAGCUGAUGAGCAUUCUGUGCGUCCUCGGGAUGACCGCGGGGCUGGCCGCGGCCUUCAACUGCCCGGUGGCCGCGAUAGUGUACGCGAUGGAAGAUUUGGGCCCGUUGACCGGGUCGCUGUCCCGUCCCCUGAUCGGACUGAUGUCGGUCGGCAGCGUGUUCGCAACGCUGACACUGCGGCUCGGCUUCCACGACCACCAAAUGGUGCACUUGAAUCUGAAAACCGCCAACAUGGCUGACCCCGAGUUCCAGAUUCUGUCGCUCCUGUUCGGCGGCGCGAUCGGACUCAUCUGCGGCGCCACCGGAAAGCUGCUGAGCAGUAGUUUGCUUUGGCUGCGCGCGAAAUUCAAGCGGUUGACCCGGCCGGCGAAGAAUGGGGAAGAUGGAGCAAGGUCUGAAAGCGAAGAGACGCGCUCCUCCAGCAGUAGCACCGAUCAGAGCAUCAGCGAAGAACAGGAUCCGAUCUCGCGCUCCGCAAGCAACAACAGCAAAUCGGAUAGAGAAAACAAUAACAUCAAACAACAGGACUCCUCGUCCCGCAGCGGGACGGAGAGCGGGAGCAGCAGUGGCAAGAAGACCGGGAAAAUCUCUAUCAACGUCACGUCCUGCGCGGCGACGGAAAACAGUAGUAGCACAGCAGUAGACCACCUGCCGAAGUUGCCCAGCCACGCGGGUGGAGGCAACUCAACCACCCGGGCGUUCCACACACUACUGACCUCCGCGACGGAGAUGAAAACUGCGCUGAAGUGCCGGUUCGUUUGUCCGCCCAGUCCAAUCAAGGAGGGCUCGCGGGAAAACAGCACGGUGACCGGUAGUGUGCGAGACAAGCAUUCCGUGUUUGAGUACUACGAUAAGAAACUGGCGCGGAGGAGAAGCAGUAGAAACAACUCGCUCGUGAUCCACUUAGGCACGUCCCCGGGACAACAUCCGAGUGAGGCAAGGACCUCCCCAACGGCCUCGCCGCAGGAACACGUAUCGGUUCUCCCGCCGGGGACUCCAACGCACCAUUUUCAGCCAGGCCACAACGAAGAUCAGAUAACGACCAGAGAUGCUGGUUUUGUCCAGCAAGAACCCCACCAGCAGCUCCCGGACUUGUGGCCGCCUUUACAUUCCGCGGGGCACUACAAUUUGACCUGCGAAAAGUCGGGCUGUCUGAGCCUGCCCCCGAGCGAGGACGAUCGGCAUUGCACGCGCGGGAUGAGCGCCAGUUCGGCGGUGAACAUACUUGGGUCGGUUCCGGAAUCAGUGACCAGCUCCUGCGAGGAACAACCGCAAUAUGAAGAUCAUGCGGCUCACCAGGAGAUGAAAGGAGUCUCCCACUUUCACCAAGCUUCUCGCGAGCAGCAGUCGCCGGGAAAAGAACCACGACGUCCGGACUCCGCGCAGUCUAACGAUCGAAAAGGGCAGCUGGGAAGUAGUAGUAGUAGUAGCAGCAGUAGCGUGAUGAUAGUCAAUACCCCACCGGGUGGACUACCCGCUAACAAGUCAACACAAGCAGUGAGGUUUUCACCGGACGAGGGACAAGAAAACAACUAUCCCAGUCCGGACACAACGGUCGGGAACAAAUCGAACCUGGGCAACGAGGAGUUACUUGCGAAGUCGCCGGGGAAAACUUCCUCCGGCCGACGCGCUGGAGAGCUCAAUAGUAGACUCGGGAAGACCAUAGACUGGCGACCGGAGAAAGAAGCAAAGUGGCUGGUGUUUGCCUUCACCACCACCAGUUUUUUGACCGCCGCCAUCGGUUGUUUCAGUUACUACACGACGGGCUUGAAAGGUACGUGGGGAAUCGGGACCGCUUCUUUGCAGCGCUUCUUCGAUUUCCAUGCAGAGGAGUGCGAUUUAUCGGCCGGGGAGUGCGAAUACCAUAAACUAGAACCACGGCCGGGAAGGACGUCGGAUUUUUUGACAGGUAAGUAAAUUCUUGCAGGCUUUUUUUCUGAAAGAAUCACGUGCGACUUUGACUUUUCUAUAUUUUCGUACGGUUCACUGCUAUGCAAUUUGUGCAUAGUCGAAGCUUGAAGAGCAUCUACUUCGACGCCAUCGCUCCUAAAUCAGGCCUGAUUUUUGCACUCUGCAAGAUGACGUGUUUCGUUCUGUGCGUGGCGGUUGGGGGUCCGGGGGGAAUCCUGAUGCCGUCGCUGAUAGUCGGUGGGUUUCUCGGUGGCACCACCCUCGCGGUGUUUCAGCUGGUCCUUCCAACCGCGAUGUACACGCGACUUUGGCAGCCCUGCGUCGCGUUUGGGGUCAUCGGGUUGUUUUCCGCCAAUUUUCGCUUCCCGUUGACCAGCGUGGUGAUUCUGUUCGAGUUGACCGGUUUCAACACGGGCAUGUGGCACAUCGCGCUCGGGUGCAUUCUCGCCAGUUACAUCGCCAUCGCGGUGUCCGACGGCUUCUUCAAGUUUCCCUCCCUGUUCGACGCCCUGUGCCAGCAGGACGACAUCUCCCUGUUCCGCAUGCGGUGGGAUAUGGCGCGAAAGCCGAUCCAAUUAACCAUCACGCAAGAGGACGGUCCGGAAGAGGAGACGGACUUCGAGCAGCUGGACUCUUUGAUCAUCCAGCAGACGAUAUCGUAAGGAAAAACCCCCGCCUCAUAUCGAAAAGGCAUUCUUUUGGAAAUUUCUGAUGCUGAUUUGUAGUCACAAAUCGCGUGUUUCUUGCUAGAAGGCAACUCCCCAGGCUCCGCCGUAUUAUGCAAGCGGUUUGUGAUGCUGCUGGGGCUACAGUGUCGACGCUUGCCAUGGUUGGCGCCUACGUCAAGACCUGUCUACCCAGGCUUGGCAUAUCCUGCAGUCCUCUACUGCAAGACACGUCUGAUUUGUGUACUGAAGUCCAGCAUCCGAAACGUCGUUUUGAUAUGGGGAGGGGGAAGUUUUCCUGUUGACAGACGAGCGGGAGCCAUGCGCGCAGAAGGAGCCGGGGGAGUGGCCGGUUUGUAAAUCGCGAGAAUGAGGACGAUUCCACAAAUUCCUCUCAACGAUCUCCGUCCAUCACCAGUAGCAGCGAGCAAAGGAAUAACUUGACACACGCCCGCAGUACUUCUUCCGCCCUCUCAUCCAGGGCCGGGAGAAUACGGAAGGAGAGCUCUACCGGGUCGGUCAUCUCCGUCUUGAACCCGUAUUUAUUUGCUACUUUUUGUUUUUGAUGUAGUUCAUCCACAAUUAAAAACCGAAAAUCGUGCGAAUGAAUCCCCUUAUGAAAAAUGAUAAACAGCUUUCACCGGGAGGCAUCGAUGCAAUCUGUGUCCAGCUCGAAAAACAGCACGAGCGGCUAUGCGGGUUCCCGAGAGAACAGCGAUAUGCACCGGCGAAAACAGUCGCGCCUUGCCGCUGAAAUGAUGGGCAUCAUGCUAUCAGGAUCGGCAACGAACAAGCUAUCUCCGCGCGACACCCAGCGCACCACGAGCGGCGACAGUAGCAAUCGCGUCCAGGGUAUGACGGUGCAGACGCUGCAGUUGGACCGGGUGCCUUCCUACGAGCGGCACUUGCGGCAGAGCACGCAGGGAUCCUCAAGUCAGGGCUCGACGACGCAGAACAGUAGCAAUUUUUCGCGAAUGGAAAAUAGUAAACGCGGGGCGUCAAUGUAACAACGACUUUUUUUAUUCGGGGGAAGUAGCCGAGUCUAUUUGUGUAAGAUAGAUAAAAGAACUUCUAAGAAAUUUAACGAACUCACGCUCACCAGAUUAAGAUCUUCUUUUGAUGUAACAAUUUGGCACAAACAUUGAGAAUGCUCUGGCCUAUGCGAGCUAGACGCAGUAGCGUUGUAACUUAUUCGUAAAAAUACCAUGAAAACAAAGUAAGUCACCGACGUUUGAUAUUUUCGUAAUUGAGUCCACACUUAUCCCAGCCCGAGCGCGUGCAUCACGUUUCGUUCUAAAUUUUUGUCAUGCAGCCUCAUUCGAAAUAACGCUGGAGACUCGUCAUUGUAAAGUUGUUGUAGAUUUCGCACAGGCUCAACACCGCUGCAUAGAAGCAUCGAUUUUUUUUUUUGCACAAUACGAACAUGAUGCAGUAUCUGCACAUGCGGUGAGUUUCUCGAAGGAAUGUGCUGGGUAAGCAUUUCAUUAGCAUAACAUCAAAGCGAAAGCUCGCACGGAAAAGAAGAUGACCGUAAUGCACUGCACGCGCGGGAUGAUCAUAACCUUAUAACAUUUACCGUUCGAAGAACGAUUUUUUGAGAAUGAAACUGCACAGAUUACAUGAGUCGGAAAACGGAUGAAACCCGGUGCAUAUUGACUAUCAGAAUGUUCUCCGGAAAACUACCUACUUGCAAAGAUGUCCGCGAUUUUUGUCGCACAAAAAUUUUGAAGCCACUUGUCGUUCGCGAGGCAAAAAAAUGUUGCGUCAGUUGCUUCCGGCAAAAAGCUAAUUAU